CUUCCAGCACGCAAAAACGACACUCCUCUCGUCGUCGUUUCAGAGGAAGAACGUGUCUAUGGCGAUUCUUGACCUGAUGGAAGUUAGGAUUUCUGCGAUUUUUCUUCUCGGCAGCUCAUUUCUUAGCUGCUUUUCAGGGUUGGUAUUAUCGGCGAUUGUGAGGUUGGAUUCGAUUGAGAUAUACAAAACCCACGAGAUUCUGAAAUCCGUGAAACCGAAGGUCUAUUUCAGUUGUAAAGGGGAGAACAAGACGGAUUUGCCUGAUGUGAAGAAAUCCCACGAAUUGUAUAAAUUCAAAGGCGAAGAGUCUUGGCAGCCUCUGACGGAACUUCCGGACAAGAAAUGCAAGCGAUGUGGGUUCUAUGAGAAAGACGUAUUUAAAUCAGAUGAUGUGUUCGAUGAGUGGGAGUUCUGUCCUUCAGACUUCACUUCUGAUGGAAAGUAUAUCAGAUUCAAGGACAAUGAAGUGAAUGCUACUUUCUCUUGUCCAAAGUGUACACCUUCUUCCACUGGUUCGAAUUCAGCCUCCGACUCGCAUAAAGGGAGAAAAGGAAUGCACGUUGCUCUUAUCAUACUGAUAAGUGCCCUCAUUUCGACGGUGUUAAUUCUUGGAUUGAUAGCUGCAUACAAAUAUUGGCAAAAGAAAAAGAGAGAGCAAGAUCAAGCUCGGUUCUUGAAGCUCUUUGAAGAGGGGGAUGAUAUUGAGGAUGAAUUGGGCCUUGGAAUCUAAUAUGAUUAUUGAGAGUUGCUUGGUUUGAUUUCUGUACUGUACUGUACACAUUCCUAAUGUUUCAGUGCCUACGAUACAAGCAAGGCCAGUAGCCAAAUAUCCCUUCAUAAACUCCAACA